GAAGUGAACGCUACCUAGGAACUAGACGCUACAUACUUUUAGUGCGCUGAUUGCCCACACCGCCUCGUCUCUAUUUGGCCACGCUGUUUGGUACAUUUGUGCUGCCUGCCCCGUAAUAUGUGAUUCGCAUAAAGGCAUGAAAAGGUUUGCACUUUAAAUGAUGAACAUCAAUAUUUUGCCAUUUGUAAUGGUUUCCUACUUUUAGUACUCCCCACUGUGUUCCACAAUAGCUUGUCUACCCUAUGCAAUGGCAAGCAAGAAGGAACCUCCAUUUUUCAAUGAAGAUAACAUUGGAUCUUUUCCCUGCAAGCUACCUUUUUAUGAGACCAUGGAGCUAUUCAUUGAAACUCUUACUGGGACAUGUUUUGAGCUUCGUGUGUCACCUCACGAGACCGUGGCUUCUGUAAAAUCCAAAAUUCAAAGACUGGAAGGCAUUCCUGUAGCCCAGCAGCACUUAAUUUGGAACAACAUGGAAUUAGAGGACGAAUGUAGUUUAAGUGAUUACAACAUAUCUGAAGGAUGCACUUUGAAAAUGGUGUUGGCUAUGAGAGGCGGUCCAAUUAAUACACGCAGAGUGCCGCUUGAAGACCCAAUCAGGGAAAUCGCAGAAUACAUGGAUCCUAUAAGGGAAGAUUCAUGGGAAAAAGGCCCUUCAAAUAAACAAGUCACCUUUUUGGUGUACCAGGAAGGAGAGCAGUUAAAUUUUUUUCGUGUUGUAGACAGAGGAGAUGGCACGUUGACUCCUCUGUCUGAAUCCCUCAGUGGAGGUUCGGUAUAUAAUUUGUAUGCUGAAGAUGACGAUGAAGCUGAGGGUUCUUCGUCUGGCCAACAAAUUAUAGAAAAUACAAUCACUAUGAACAAAAUGAAGUUACUGAAAUCCAAGAUGGAGAAUAUGAACCUCAAUAAAAAGCCGAAGAAAAUGACAAAAUUAAAACCAAGGCCCCCCAUGGUCCCACGUCCAUCAAGUGGUUUUAUGCCAUCAUCUCGUCACCGGCUUUUAAGGGUUCUCCCCCACAUUGGACAGUCUUACCUACCUCCUGGAAAUCACCUUUGCUCUGAAUCUUCACAUACUGCACUUUCUGCCAUUGCUGCUGCUAGGACAUUACAAUCGGUUACUGGUGAUAAUCUCCAUAAAGAGGCCAGUUGGGAAACUCCUGAAGUGGUUCCUUCCCACAGUGUUCACUUACCACCCAUGGUUUCCCACGUUGAACUGGAAAAUCCCAGAUACAAUAAAAAUAAAGUUCUUCCUCCUGUUGCACAUUUAAAGAAAAAGGAUAUCCUCAUAAUGGAUGAUGACUCUAUGUUUCAUCAGAAUAUGGAUUUGGUGUCUAAUGAAGAAAGUUCCAGGCUAGUUACAGAUUCCUUUGAUUUUCUAACUGAUGUAAGACCUGUAGAACCUUAUAGGAAUGUUUGUACCAUAGGACAUGUAAAGCCUGAAUUUAAAUUGACAGAGGGAAGUAAAGGACCUUCAGCUAUUGAGACUUCACAUAAAUCUGUGUCAAAAGCUUUGAAAUCUGAAGCAAUGGAUACUGGAAUUAACACUAGUGAUUUCAGUCCUGCACAAAGCAAUUUCCCUUCACAAAUAUCUCAUUCGCCCUUACCCAUUCUACAGUGUCAGUCCAAAUGCUUUGAGAUUGGAAACUUGAGAACACCUACUUCUCAAAAUCUGUUUCGCUCAGUCGAAGUCCGUAAUAUAGCAGAUUGUUCGUUUUCAAGAACUGCUAGGUUUAGAGGAGUAAAAGUUGAUUCUCCAGGAAAACAGUCAGAGGUAAUAUCUAAAAUGGCAGCUAGGGACAUCACCAAGUUGGCUAAUAAGGCUUCUAAAGAGCCUGUAGGCUCUCUUAACCAUUUGGGAUUUUUUGGAUCAUUGACACGAUGCACAAGUGGAGCUAAUAUGCGGAGCUCCACUGCAAUAGAAAGGCCUUCUAAAAUGACUGUUGCCCUAUCAAAUGGCCUUCAGGAAGAAAGCUUUAAGGGAAUGCCAUCCUCAUGUGACACUGCAGAAUCAUUUGUUUCUCCUCUUGGUCAUGGAGAUGCAGAGAGUCAUCGAGCCACUGGAAAAGGCCUUGAAGCAACACAUCUUUUUGCUCCUGUUAAAUCAACCUUUCGAAACAAGAAGAAAACUGCUAAGCACUGUUUUGUCUGUGGAAAGAAAACUGGAUUGGCAACAAGCUUUGAGUGCAGAUGUGGGAACAACUUUUGUGCCGCUCAUCGCUAUGCAGAAACCCAUGACUGCACUUAUGACUACAAGACCAUGGGAAGGAGGUUACUAACGGAAGCAAAUCCUGUCAUCAUUGCUCCCAAACUUCCAAAAAUCUAGCUCUGGACACUGCUCCGUCUGCACUAAUAACAUACGAAUUGCUAAUCAUGCAUCACUUUUUCUGUUCCCAAAUUAAUGAUUGCCAAGCAACCUGUUGCUUUUUUAUGAAAGAAUGUGAAUGUUCCUUGUCUGGUUGCAGUUAAUCAGUUUAUUUAUUUAAAUUGAAAAAUAGUGGUUUUAAAAUAUUUUCCCUCUCUGAUUUACCUAUGUUAUUCCAGGUCUUGUGUUACAUGUUUUAUAUUGGAGAGAAUGCUGUUUCACUAGACAAGUCUUACAAAAAGAUGCACUUUACUAAAUAAUUAUUACUGUAUAAUCAGAGGCACCAGAGGGGUAAUGGGUCACGUAUUCCUGUUGUGUUUUUGUAUUGUCUUUUAUUUUCAUUUAAAUUAUUUCUUUAAUUCUUCUGGCACAGCGCUGUAGGCUAAACAGCAUGCAAAAAAAUAUUACAAUACCAACGGUGUCUUUUAGUAUUGCCCUUCUUUUUUUAAACAAAGACAAAUGUCUUUCUUAAAAUAUUGAUUGCUGUAAAAAUAUCUAAUAAAUAUUGUCUUUUACUAUUAACGAGAUUUGAAAUUAUUCUAUUCAAUGUUAAUUCAUUAUUAAAAAGUAAACGAAAAAAGGUUUGAAUCAAAAA